AUGCCCGUGAAUUAUUUAGCCCGGACCUGGUCCUCGGAGCGGCGGGCAAUGCGGAGAGUCAUGGCUUCGCUAGUUGCGGAGUAUCAUGAGCUAUACUCCCUAGAAGUCAACGGUGGCGAGGAGCCAUCUAGUUGCAGUGGCAUCUCAUUCGUUAUCCUUGAUCUUGUCGUUAUUGACAGGUUGGUUUCUUCAGAUCGCCAAUAUCCUCCACCUCUCACUUCUGAGGCCUGGUUUACCUCAGAGCCCGUCAACCAGGUAUACUUCAUAUCACCUCCAUUCUUCCAAUGCGCCGGCCAACGGAAGAUACUCCCCCCGGGGUUCUUCGUCAGACAACUGUGA